AUGGGAGGCUGCAUGCACAGCACCCGGGACCACGCAGUCCACUCAGAAGGGUGGCCUGGUUCUUCUGUGGCCCCCACAUCUGCCUUAGCACCUAGGAAAAUGCCCAAAAGCAUUUCAAUAUCCAAGCAACUGGCUUCAGUAAAAGCUUUGAAAAAGAGCUCAGACCUGGAAAAAGCCAUUGCCACUGUUGCUUUGAUUUUCAAAAACUCUUCUGAUCCCGAUGGUAAACUUGGAAAAGCUGCUGCAAAAAAUCUGUUGCAAGCCCAAUUUGGGAAUUUCACCAAGGGACAAGAAUCCAAGUCAACCUACCAAGAGCUCCUUUCUGAACUUGACGAGCACACAGAAAAUAAGCUUGAUUUUGAGGACUUUAUGGUCUUGCUACUAAGCAUCACUGUCAUGUCAGAUCUACUACAAAAUUUAUGGAGCGUAAAAAGUAUGAAUUGAGCAGCUCUCUGCAUGCAGUUUGAUAAAAUAAGGGUAGGACUGUAAGUUACAAAGGGUUUUCCCUCCUAUUUGUUGAUCGCACAUCAAGGAUAGCUCUGACUGCUGAGAUUCAGACACAGCAUGACUCCACAAGUCACACAUUCUCUUCAGAAAGGCAAGGCACUCAGAAAUGUUUGGGUAACAAGGCCUUGACACCUUACAACAUGUACACUGGACACCACUGAGUACUAGGUUGCUUUUUCUGAAUCUAUAGUAACUUAGAGCAAUUUUCUUAGAGACAGAGAGUCGCUCAUUCAAUCCUUGUUCCCUGGAUGACAGUUUGUGAGCAGCUCCUUGGUGACACCAUUGAGGACACUGUCACAGGGGCCGGCAGCCCUUCCCUCGGCUGUGCUUACAGAACUCCCGCAGAGGAGGCAGACACGGGACCACUCUUCAUCAGCUGCACAGAGAGCAUCAGUGCAAUCAUGGUAAGGGUUACAGGGUGCUGAAAGAGUUUAUCUUCUGACUUGAGUUCAAAGUCAGCAAAGCUUUAUCAACAUUCUGCAAAUGGCAAAAUCAACAGAUGACCAGUGGUUGCUAUGGAUAUGGGUGGGAAAUGAGCUUGUCCACAAAUAGGCACAGGGGACUUGCCAGGGGCAGAAACGUCCUUUCUUGGCUGUCGUGGCAGUUACACCACUGUCUGCAUUUGUCAGGCUCUUUAAACUUACAUUAAACAGGGCAAGUUUGUGUGACUGUCGAUUAUGAAACAUAUGUAAGUAAAGCUGACAUUAAAGAUAAGCCCCAAUA